AAAUAUAUUGAGAUUGAAAAUUUAUGCUAGAGUUUAAACCCAAAGCGAAAAAAAUACAAAUGUUUCUCAUAAAUAAAUAAUGAAGGUAGCAGUGACGAAGGCACCAGUGUUAUUUGCUGCUUCCAAUAACUUUUAAAAGUCAUGUAAACGACGAUUGUCCGCAAAUGAAAGCCGUGUUUUAGUGAAAAUAUUGAAAAUCUUACAAGCAAAGACGCUCAAGACACCAUCUUGGUCAAGUUUGAUUCUAAAAAAUGAGUUUACAAUAUCUGCUCGUCAAGAUUUUAAUAUUGAGUUUCCUUUCUGAUGUUUCUUGUAAUUCUUCGUCGCCUACAGUUACUCCGAGCUCAACAUCCCUCAACGCAUCCGCUACGGCAGUACUAGACGUGAACGCAUCUUCAUCGGUGAAUGCAACCRCCAAUACAGAAUCAGGCAUCAGGGUUACUCCGAGCCCAGGAAGUGCUAAUACCAAGGCAACAUCGUCACAUGUCAGCGCAACCGCAACGGCGCAAGUUGGCGGAAACAGUCCUUCAUCUGUUUUCAGUUCUAGUUCAGUAUCGCCGUCGGCCUCUGAGUCUGUUUUGCAGUCUUCUGCUGUGCCCAGUGUUCCAAGUCUUACUCCCGAACAAAGCAAAGUCGUGGUGGCUUUCGAAGAGAAGAAAAAUGACUUUGAGAAAAACAUGGAGGUCAAAACAGAAAUAAAACCGAAAGAGAGUGACGGUGUUGAUUCCAGGUUAAUGUCAUCAUUGGAUGCGUUCUUAAAAGARUCACAAACGUUUGGAAGUAACUUCAAUGAUCUCAAUGCCGACGUCAACUACGAGAAUAUCACGAAGUCAAAUGCUCUUCAAGUCAAGAAGUUUGACUGCCUMAAAACCAGGGAGUCAAAAUUUCCUGCUGUGAUGAAUCCAAGAUCCAUUGGUGCUGAUGCCAAUGUAAUUGAUGUUCCUCUUGAAUGUCCUGUGAUACAAAUAAAAGAGACUGCUCCAUCCCGUAGUAGACGUGACGUCACGAUGAGCCUAGAAAUACCAAUCGUUCACUUGCCUGCAAUACCCGAUGAUGAACCAGAAGAAUACACUCAUAUGUACCGCUAUUUGCGAAUGAGGAGAUCAGCACAGGGCAAUCAAAACAAUAGCAACGUUUGCUUACAGAACCCUGGCAAUGAUUGCUUAGAUAAAAGACUAAAUGUGACGUUUAGAAUCUGGAAUGAAGUCUGGAAAGCAGCCUAUGCCGAUAAGAAUUCACAAGACUUUAAAACUUUSACAAAAAAUCUAAAAGAAGCGAUGGAGCAAAGCGUACGAAGCAACAACAGUGCUUUGAAAGUAAACUUUCACAGUUUUGAGUUAAGCCCUGGGAGUGUGGUGUUCACGGCCUAYGCUGAUACUCACGCCGCUACGAUAUCUACCUUAAAAAGCUACCUUGACGGUGUAUCCUCUUUUGGMUCUUACUCACUGAACAAAACUUCGUCAGUUGUUAAAGAAGUUGAAGUUGUCAAUGGCGGUUGGACAGAUUUCAGUAAAUGGCCGAGCACUAAACCAGCCAAACAUGAAAAUUGCGGUGAUGACUUCCGAGUCAAAAGGGAAAGAACCUGUACAAAGCCUUCUCCGAAAAAUGGCGGCAAAAAAUGUGUGGGAGAAAGCGUUGAAUACAAGUCAUGUGAAUUUGGCGGGAAGAACACAAAUGGCGGCCAGAUUUCGAGCCCGUACUGGCCCAACAAGAACUAUCCUUCAAACGCUGAAGGUACGUGGAUCCUUGAAGCACCCUUUAACCAYACWGUCGAGCUGUCCAUCGGAGAGUUUCAUCUUGAGCAAGACAAGAAAUGUUUCUACGACUACAUCCAAAUUUUCGAUGGUAACACAACAAGCGCGCCCUUAUUGUUACCGCGAACCUGUGGCAAACAAGCAGUAAACAAGACGAUCAAAUCCACUGGGAAAWCCAUGYUUGUCAAGUUUCGUUCUGAUAGAACGGUGACGUUUAAGGGAUUUACUGCUACAUGGAAAAAAGUAGUGAAACCRUGGAUACCUCCUAAACCAAUACAGUACGAACAACAAAAUGUCACGUUGACUAAUGUGAUCUCUUGUCCAACGUACAACGAGUCAUUGGUGCCUUUAGGCAAAGCAACGACAUGUUCAAAGAGCUUUGGAAAUAGUGAAUGCUACUUCGAGAUGCCUGCGUACAUCAUUGCUUGCAUAAUUGGUGUUACUACUAACAGAAAAGAUUUGCCCGUGAAAGGCUCAACCAAGAUCAACAUGACCUUCAAGCAUAUUAUGCACAAGGAUCUUUUCCCUUCUUAUUACUUGUUGAAGAAAACCUGUGUAACAUGGAACUCAAGCUACAGUAAGGGCAAUGAUGCAUGGUCAAGAAAAGGGUGUACGGUKAAGAGCUCUAAUAUUUCACACACAGARUGCGAAUGUGAACACACUGGGAUAUUCACUGUAUUAGUUACAAACAAGGUUGUUCAUAAGAAAUUUUCGCUGCUCGCAAACACGUACGCAGGGAUCGGCGUGUCUUUCUUUAUUCUYAUUAUCGCUAUACUUCACAUUAUCUGGAAAGUAGACAUACAUGGUGGAGAAGUGAUGCGUAUCAACAUGUGCGUCGCUAAUAUACUGAUGAUGAUGACMUUCCUCAUUGGUGCAAACGUGGAGGCUGAAAAGCAUUUGUGCACUUUCCUGGCCUUCCUGGAAUACUUUUCUGUUGUGGCUCAGUUCUUCUGGCUAAUGCUUCAUGGUCUCAGGAUUCAUGGGAAAAUUAAAGAAAUAUUUGCGUCGGGAUUAAAUAUUGAGAUGGUAUACGUGGGCUUCGGCUGGGGUCUUCCUCUGUUGUUAUCUCUGAUUGCCAUUGGCAUCCAGGUGAACAUCGAAAACCCUUUUGACGUGUGUUGGACGGCUAUUGCUGCUGGGUCCAUGUGGGGAUAUGGAGCUCCAUUGCUUAUUGUUGUCAUGUUGAAUGUCCUAGUCCUUGGUGCCGUUGUUGCCCCAACACAAGAGAGGAAAACUAAAUAUCUUUAUUACCCAAUGAUGUAUCGCAUGUUAAAGGAUGCAACUCUCCUKGCGUUGUUUGGUUUUACUUGUAUCAUGGCUUAUCAAACUGUCGUCAAAGAAUCCUUUGUGGCACAGUACUUUUUGACUGCAUCAGUUGUUUUGCAGUCUGUAGCCAUGAUCGUGUUUGGACGAGAGGGACGCAAGGACUACGUACGACGACAAGCUGGCAAAAUGGAACACGACAAUAUCUCUGAAAACACCAAUGAAGUAUCUUUUGGWAAAUUUGAGGACGAAACUUCGUCUAACAGAUCAAGUAGAAUGAGUGCCAAGGAUUCACCGUCUCCUGUCAAGCAAGGAAUGAAACUAAAAUCGCCGAAGUUUCAAGAAACAGACGUGGAUGCGURAUAACUGACAUGUAUCAAGCACAUUACACACACSCCAUAGACAUCAAAACAAAAGUCCSCCGCAUGRUACAUUAGACCACUCUACACUAGUACACCUCCAGGUUUUGUUUACACCGGAAGGCAAGCGUACAYAGCGAUCCUUGAAACCACUUGAUAAAUAUGCCAUGAUAUCUUCAUCUGAAAUGUUUGUUGUAAUUGUAAAAAUGCACUCWAGUAGAGAAGAGGAAAGAGAGGUAGAGAUCCUCCCUGGUGAAAAGCACUGUGGAGGGAGGGGUAGGUCCAUUUUUGUUGUGUACACAACGUGUAAGAUAUUGUACUCAGUAAGACGAACACGUUCACCUUUACCAUAUGUAAUUAUAUUAUAUUUUGCGAGAAAAAGUGUAAGGCAAAACGUUGACUUUGUGGAAUGGUAGACGUAAUAUGCUGACACUAAAAUCUCGUUUAUUGUUAAGUAAAGAAGUUUGUUUUCGUUUAAAACAAUCUUGAGUAAUUAGAUGCACUGCAUCUAUGCUGUAACCAAAGUAUCAAGAUUUUGCAUUAAAACGCCUAGCACUACCA